AUGGCGGAGGAUAGGAGAGAAGAAGCCAAAGCACCGCACUGGACUUCGGGUCAGCUAACAGAGACUUCUUCACACCCACAUUCACCUGAAAUUAAGGAACAGGGCAGCGCGAGUGCAGGACUGGUCAGAAGUGCCAAUGGAUUUCCCUACCGAGAGGACGAGGAGUCGGGGCUGGGCGGCCACGAGCAGCCAGGGACGUACGCUCGGACCAAAGAGAACGGGAUCAAUGGAGAGCUGUCAGCAGGGGACAGGGAGACCGCAGAAGAAGUGUCUGCGAGGAUAGUACAAGUAGUAACAGCUGAAGCUGUAGCAGUCCUGAAAGGCGAACAGGAAAAAGAAGCCCAGCACAAAGAUCAGCCUGGACCAUUACCUUUAGCAGUCGAAGAAUCAGCCAACCUGCCUCCUUCCCCGCCUCCGUCACCAGCUUCUGAGCAGACUGGAGCUCUGGAGGAAGCAGCAGGUGGUGAAACAAACCAGGCUCCUGGUGUAUUUAAGCAAGCAAAGGAAAAACUAUCAACUGCCUCUUUGUCAAAGAUUCCUGCCUCAAAGUUUAGAGCAAAGUCAUUGCUUCCUCCAAGACCCAGCUCAGCUUGCUCAUUAACUACUAAAAGGGCCACUUUUCUCGAUACAGACAGUUAUUAUGUACGGCCCUCCUCAGCAGGCCCAAGAGACUGCUUGCCCUACUCAAAAUCAGAUGCUAAGGAUGGAGUAAGCAAGAGUCCCGAAAAGCGUUCCUCUCUACCGAGACCUUCCUCUAUCCUCCCUCCUCGAAGAGGUGUAUCAGGAGACCGAGACAGAGAGGAGAAUUCUCUCUCCCUCACAGCUUCUCUUUCCUCUUCAGUACGACGGACCACCCGAUCAGAGCCAAUUCGUAGCAGAUCAGGAAAAAGUGGAACUUCUACGCCCACUACUCCUGGCUCCACUGCCAUCACUCCAGGGACACCACCAAGCUAUGCCUCCCGUACCCCUGGCACUCCAGGGACACCCAGCUACUCCAGAACCCCCCACACUCCUGGGACCCCCAAAUCUGCCAUACUGGUACCUACUGAGAAAAAAGUUGCCAUAAUUCGCACUCCUCCUAAAUCUCCAGCCACUCCGAAGCAGCUACGAGUUAUUAAUCAGCCUUUACCUGACCUCAAGAAUGUCAGGUCCAAAAUCGGAUCAACAGAUAACAUCAAAUACCAGCCUAAAGGAGGGCAGGUUAGGAUUUUAAACAAGAAGAUCGAUUUUAGUGAUAUUCAAUCCCGGUGUGGUUCCAGAGAUAACAUCAAACAUUCUGCAGGGGGAGGAAAUGUACAAAUCGUAACCAAGAAGAUCGACUUAAGUCACGUGACUUCCAAGUGUGGCUCACUCAAGAAUAUCCACCAUAAGCCAGGAGGUGGCCGUGUGAAAAUUGAGAGCGUGAAACUGGAUUUCAAAGAAAAAGCUCAGGCUAAAGUUGGUUCACUGGAAAAUGCCCAUCAUGUACCUGGCGGUGGUAACGUCAAGAUUGACAGCCAGAAGCUAAACUUCAGAGAGCACGCUAAAGCCCGUGUCGAUCAUGGGGCUGAGAUCAUCACACAGUCACCAGGCAGGUCCAGCGUGGCUUCACCACGCAGACUCAGCAACGUCUCAUCCUCUGGAAGCAUCAACCUGCUUGAAUCGCCCCAGCUUGCUACCCUCGCUGAAGAUGUCACGGCAGCCCUUGCUAAGCAGGGCUUAUGAAUUUGCUCAUUUUGCGUUGUAUGAAGUAAUAAUAUUUAGGCAUGAGCUCUUGGCAGGAAUGGGCUCAGAGCAGAUGUUACAUUCAUUCUUUACUAUGUCUAAAACUAAGUCACAUCCCAAGAUUGUAGUUACCAUACAGUUAAAAAAAAACCAGAAAAAAAAGUAAUUCAAUAGAUGCAGAAAUUGGCCUGAUCUCCAUUUACAACAGGAAGACACUGGCUUUACAUGGGUAUACAACUGCAGUAUGUUACAUUGGACAAUUAUUGUUGCUCUGCUCUGUCUUGCAUGGAGUACCGUACUAUGAUAAAAUGCAUUUUUACCUUUCAUGUGCCUGAAGGCCAUCCACCUUUCUGAAGAGCCUUGUUAGUAUCCCAAGUUGCUCAUUUCACUGUUCUGUUGAUAGAUGGGGAAAUAAAAAAAAGUUGCCCAUUGUAAGUUAUUAUAGGUUAAAUUGACAGUCUGCUUACCAGAAGGAAGGGCAUAUAGAGAAAUUCAAGUUUAAUUAAGAAAAAAAUAUGUGUUAUUUUGUAUAAAUGAGUAGAACAAAAGUUGAAUUAAGUUAUUAACAUUUUUUGGACCUGGUUAAUUACGUCAGUGUAUAGCUGAAAAGCCAAUAAAUUAUUUAACUAAUAACUAAAAAUAGUAGUCGAAAACAUUUGAACCAUGCUUGGGGAAGUGAUGUAAAGAAGCUGUUGAAAGCAAACACUUCCACCCCAACGGACUUGUGUCUGAUUAGAAAGUUGGUUAAGCGGCUAGAUUUGUGUACGCACCACCAGUUUCACAUCCUUUCCAUCUGUUUGAUACAGUAUUAUAGAUAUAUAUAUUUCUCUGUGGCCAUUUGUGAUACACCCUCCUCAUAUACUUGAAUAUUCUACUUCUUUAUUCACAGUAUCUGUGUCUCUUGCACCCUUUGGUGUUGCAAUUUUAGGUAUGUAAAAGUAGAUGUUAGCAGGGUUUUUUUCCCUACUCAUAAGACUACAUUUAAAAAAGAUGAAAAUUUUAGCAUGAAGUUGCUUUCUGUAACAACUAAAAGCCGUGACCCUGUUUUAGUGCCAGAUGCAAGUCUCUUCUGUGAUGCUAGAAAAAGGAUUCCUUCCCUCUUCCCUUCCCUCCUUUCUUCACAAAGGUAUGAUUUUUGUGGGGUCCAGAUAUUUGUAAAAGGGUCUCCAAAGAUGGCUGAGUUUGGAUUCUGGAUUUUUAAAAAUUCCACGAUAGUUUGAUUCCGGCUUUUUUUCUUUCCCCUUUUUUUUUUUUUAAUACUCCUGUAGUAACAGUGAAUGUUAGAUUUAUUUAUUUUUUCUUUUGCUAAAGUUGAAACACAGGAAAAAGUAUUAAGAUGUUGUUUUCACUCCUUUAGUGAUGUCUUGUGUACACUCAGGCACUCAGAUAACAGUGAUAAAAAUAACAGAGACGCCUGUAAAUUAUAGUAUGUGAAUAAAUAAAAUGAGCUCCCUAGACUGGGUUGCCAUAGCAAUUCAUCAAUAAAUAGGGCAUCUUAAAAUCUGAGCAAAGUGGGAUUAUAUUGACUAUAAAAAGUAUAAGGAAAAGUGUGCAUAAAAGAUAAAGGGCAGAGAUACAGAUAAACAACUGAUCUAACGGAGUUACCUGUGAGAACUCUGAGCUAUCUUACGGACUCUAAGAGAACACUGAAGGUAAUAUGGUAGUAUUACAUAUCAGCAGAUAAUAAUCUGCUGAUACUAUAUAUACAGUAGACAUUAUGAAAUGACCAGUUUACAUUCUUGCAGAUUGUUUGAUCUUUUCCUUUUGAAAUCUCUAAACUUUGCACUGUCAGUUGAGCUAUACUUGAUACAUGUAUUAGGUUAACAUUGUGUGUUGGAAGCUUUUGAUCUGUUCUUGUUCCUUCUUAAUUUGUGUGUGUGUGUGUGUUGGGGUUUGAUCUGAAAAGACUUAGAGCAGAUUUUUAUGUCUGUGGAGAAGGAGUCUAUUAAUUAAUAGCCCAGGAUUCCCCAUCAUUAAAUUCAGGAAGUAAAUGCACAGUUACUAGACAGUAAAUAUUUAGUGGACCAAAGGGGGAUUUUUGGCUAAGCUGUCACAGCAAUACAAAGACAAAACAAAAUGGUUAAAUCUCUAAAAAUUUUACUGAAUAUGAACUCUAAUAGGCCUGCACACAACAUUUCAGCUCUACAAAAAGCUUUUUCACACUAUAAAGUACCUAAUACCAUUUGUAAGUCGGUUGUUUUAUACACAGGGCAGUGAGUUUAGAACCACAUUAAGUGCAUCUGGAAGAUCCUGAUUUCUGCCUUGUGUUUGUCAUACUAUUGCUUAGAGUAAACCUAAGAAAUUACAUGGAAACAGUGUCAAGUGAGGUGCAUCACAAGCCUCUUCCCAUUUUUCCAGAAAAACAACAGACAGAAAGAAAAAACAACAAUAUUUAUAUCACAUUGCUAUACUGUCACUUAAUAUAAAUUAGCCUUGCAGUGGGUUUGGUUUCUUUUUUCAUGCCUUUUGCCAAUGUGAAAGAGAGUCUAUGGUACUACUGACCCUCAGCUUCUCUGAAGCUGAACACCAGCUAGUGAGAACAGCGUUAACCUGAGACUCAAGCUUUUUUAUUCUGCUUUUAAAAUUUACAUACUCUAGAAAAUGAAGCUUAGUUUAAUCCACCUAUGAGUCCAAAGUUAGAGUGGUGUAACACACCAAGUCAUUUAUUUCAUGCAUAAAAAUGAGCUUACUUGUCUUGAUUCAAGCAAAGACCUUUGUAAUCGUAAUCAUCCUUCCAUAGAAAGAAUCCUAGAAUGCUGUGGAGUUAAAUGAAAAGAAAUCAAGAGUUUUGUGCUGUUAAA